AUAGCCCUCUCGUCAAUCCCAUCCUAGUAGCUUAGAAACCACCUGCAAUUUCAUUUUGAUCUUCCAAAAUCUCUCUGGCUAGCUGCUUUCUGGUGACCAGAUUUCAAGAAACUGCUUCCUGUCUUCCUUGGUUGUCUGUCAUCUUGCUCUGGAACAAUGGCAGUCCUGCAAGGUGCUGGUGCUGCCCCUCCCCCGGUCUCUGCUAUUGGGUUUGAGGGAUAUGAGAAGCGCCUUGAGAUCAGCUUCUCUGAGGCAUCUGUCUUCGCUGACCCCAAUGGAAGGGGACUGCGCGCUCUCUCGCGUGCCCAGAUUGACUCUGUUCUUGACCUUGCACGGUGCACCAUUGUGUCUGAGCUCUCAAAUGAGGACUUCGACUCUUAUGUCUUAUCUGAGUCAAGCCUGUUUGUGUACCCCUACAAGGUUGUGAUCAAGACCUGCGGUACUACCAAGCUUCUGCUUGCCAUUCCGAGGAUGCUUGAGCUUGCUGAGGAGCUCUCACUGCCCCUUGCUGCUGUUAAAUACUCACGUGGGACAUUCAUAUUCCCUGAUGCACAGCCUUCCCCACACAAGAACUUUGCUGAUGAAGUUGCCUUCCUGAACCGCUACUUUGGCGGUCUCAAGUCCGGUGGCAAUGCUUAUGUGAUUGGAGAUCCUGCAAAGCCUGGGCAGAAUUGGCACAUCUACUAUGCCACUGAGCACCCUGAGGAGCCUGUUGUUACUCUGGAGAUGUGCAUGACUGGGCUGGAUAAGAAGAAAGCUUCUGUCUUCUUCAAGACCUCCGCAGAUGGCCAGACAUCCUGUGCUAAGGAGAUGACCAAGCUUUCUGGUAUCUCAGACAUCAUCCUGGAGAUGGAGAUCUGUGACUUUGACUUUGAGCCCUGCGGCUACUCCAUGAAUGCCAUCCAUGGCCCUGCUUUUUCGACCAUCCAUGUGACCCCAGAGGAUGGCUUCAGCUAUGCAAGCUACGAGGUCAUGGGCUUGAACCCGUCCUCCUUUGCUUAUGGCGACCUGGUUAAGAGGGUGUUGAGGUGCUUCAGCCCAUCUGAGUUCUCUGUUGCCGUGACCAUCUUUGGUGGGCGUGACAAUGCGAAGACCUGGGGGAAGAAGCUGGAUGCUGAUGCCUAUGCUUGCAGCAACAUGGUUGAGCAGGAGCUGCCUUCUGGUGGCUUGCUCAUUUAUCAGAGCUUCACUACUACUGAUGAAGCCGCCACUGGAUCGCCGAGGUCUGUCCUGCAUGGCUUUGUUGGGGACCGUGCUGAGAAUGGUGAGCUUGACGCUCCUUUGUGCUGGGAGGCGGAUGCUGUGGAUGAUGAGACUGAGGAAAGGGAGGUAAAGAAGAUGAAAUGCUGAUGCUCAUGUGCUAUGCUGAAGAUCGAAUGGAAGACCUGAGAGUGAACUCUGUUAUGAUUUAUAGUUGCUGCCCUUGGUUAUCCUGUGAAGCAGCCAAGCCAGAUUAUUUAUGCCUAAUAGCCUGUGUAAUAUUGUGCUGUGAAAGCACAUGCUUAUUCUGAAUAAAAUGACUCUAGGUGGCCAGCUUUGUCUGCCACAAUGAGCCGAUGUACCUGUUUUGUGUAAGGAACUGUGUGAAUCGAAAUAAAGUCUCUAUUUGAUGACAAU